AUGCCUCGAGAGCUCGAGUCCGUUUUUGCCGAGCUGGGCCUUGCCCAGUACCUCGAUGCAUUCGUUGAUCAAGGCUUCGACUCUUGGGAUACCAUUCUCGACAUCCAAGAGUCUGACCUCGAUGCCCUAGGGGUCAAGCUCGGCCAUCGACGAAAACUCCAAAGGCGUAUCGCCAAUGCUCGUGGAAUCGCUCCCAGCGUUUCUCUGGUCUCGACGCUGAAGUCUGGUUCAGAGGAUGCUAAACAGCAACCGCUCAGACGGGAGAGUGCUACACGCUCCGAGGCUGGCUCUGAGUCUACCAACGGUGUAACUAAGAGGAAAUAUCGGCGUCAUCCCAAGCCAGACGAGAAUGCCCCCGAGCGACCACCGUCUGCCUACGUUCUCUUUUCGAACAAAAUGAGAGAAGAUCUAAAGAGCCACAACCUGUCCUUCACCGAAAUUGCCAAACUAGUUGGAGAGAAUUGGCAAAACUUGGAUCAAGCAGAACGAGAAUUAUACGAGAAUCAAGCCAACGCUGCCAAGGAGAAGUAUCGACGAAACCUUGUCGAGUACAAAAAGACUUCGGAAUAUCGGAGAUACGCUCAGUAUCUCCAAGACUUCAAGGAAAAGCAAAACAAGCAUAAUCAGGGCUCCAAGGCCCACCUGCGUAAGAACUCAACUGCUCAUACUGCUCUUAAGCAUUCGGCCACUCACCCCGACACAGCGACAGACACCUCCACAAAGCAAAGAGUUGACUCUAAGCGCGACGCUGGUCGACUUCGGCAUGAUAGUAGCCACGGGAGCACUACUAGUGGCGGAACCAGUACUACAUUAUUGAGCGGCGCUUCAGGAACCAUCAGUGGGAGCAGCAGCGAGAGGUUAAGAGAAAGCGAGCCGCCGCCUUACCGCCGCCGUCGAGUUGAUUCGAUUGCCUCUAUUGCCGAGUCGCAAAUGUCCUCAACCGCACCAACCGCGCUGUCGCACAGGAACUCUCUCGACGGAAAUGGCCUCUCCCCCCGCGACUCUCAUUUCGAUAACAACAGUCCCAUCGACGGCCGCCAUUCGCAGCACUCUUCCGCCUGGUAUGACCGCUCGAAUCCCUCAGAAGCCUCAAAGAUGCCUCAUCAGCUACCAUCACUCUCGGAUAUGUUCGAGAAAGACAAUCAUCAAGGUAUUGGUGGACGACUUCCUCCCGCGGGCUCGUCUGCUACGGGUAUGGGCUCGCCUAUUCCAUACCAGACAGAGGAUGUUGUGAGACGCUCUGGAGGGUCAAAGUUGCCUGACUCUCGCCCGACCGGCGACAGCGCACUACCAAUCCAUGCACUCCUUUCCAACCAGGCGUCCUCGAAUCCGCUGUAUGCCAAGGCCCCUCUAAGAGGAUCCCAUAUGCUCAAUAGUAAGGAUACUGUUGAACCCGCCCUUGGACCACCUGGUUAUGGGUUUCUAUCUAACUCGCCAACAUUUCGACAUAUGAAGACGGAACAGUCUGGUGAUGGCGAUGUUGUCAUGACCACGGAGCGUUCACCGCCUAGCAGUGGUGGUGAAAAGGGACGCUUCGAUGGUAUGAGUGCCCUGCUCCAAGCUGGCGAAAUUGUUGGCCGCCGAGGUGACCGGCGUUGA